AUGACGCGUCUCGAGUGGCUGCUGCUCCUGGCGUGUGCCGCCAGCAUUGGAGCGGGUGUGGAGGCCGCCACAACUCAAAUGCAGAGACGACGCCGACACAGCAUCGUUGAGAGUGUACAAGCUGCACCUGCAGCUGCAGCUCCAGCUCCAGCUGGCGGCAGUGACUGGGGAUUGGGACCGGAGCUGACAUUGGCCCGGCGUGUUUACGACGAUUGCCAGGGCAAGAACGACUUCGUUGGCUGCCUCAAGCAGAAGGCGCUGCACGCCUUGACACGCGCCCUGGACCAGGACUCCAUUAAAAUCGUGGACGGUCUCGUGCUCGAGAAACAGAACCAAAGCGACACUGAGAGCAUCAUCGGGUCGUUGACAGAUGCCAGGCAGUUCGGCAACCUAGCGCCCAUCGAUCGCGCUCUGCUCUCCAAGGCUGACAAACUAAUGCGCACCCAUGCGCUCAAAGUAGACAUGGACCUGGACUUGGACGUGGGCGUCGGUCGCGAGCAUGAGCAUAAGAAGAAGAAGCACAAAGACGGCGGACACAUCAAGUAUGUGAUUGCUGCCCUGCUAACGGCGAUGGGCAUUGCCGGCCCGCUCGGCCUGAAGGCGCUUGCCGCUAUUGCCGGCAAGGCGCUUGUGAUUAGCAAGGUCGCCCUGACCAUUGCGGGCAUAAUAGCGCUCAAGAAGCUCUUCUCGCACGAUCACAGCGAGGAGACCAGCUUCCAGGUGCACGCCGGCGAGCACAACAGACGCAACACGUACGUCAUCAGACCCGUCUCGAAGACAAAUGCUGGCGUGGGCGUAACAGCUGCCGGCGGCAGCUCCCCGGUGGAUCCAUAUCGCUACUACUACGAGUACCACCAGAAGUAGACACAGAGCUCAAGUCUUUGCUCAAGUUGCGUGUGCGUGCGGAUGUGGGUGUGUGUGUGCGUGCUUAAACGUCGUUAUUCUCCAAAGUCGAUGCAGCUAGACUACCAAAGAAUCGAGCCGAUCCGAAUGCAGUGAGGUCAAGUCCUUACAUCCUUUUGUGCGUUAAGGGACGGGC